AGCUCUGCGCGGACCGCCCGCCGCGCAGCGCGCAGAGCUCAGACCCACACCGCUCCUGCGCUCCGCCGCACUCCGAGAGUCUCUGCCGGGAGAAGAGACGCGAUGGACCGGAGAUAGCAGACCGCCACCGGGACUUUACUUAAGCAGACCCGAGGAAACCGAAGCCAUCUCACAGGUAGCGACUGAGUCGGGGAUGAGCACGGUCCGAUGAACCUCUUCGGUCUCGCCGUCGGCGGCCUCUGCCCGGUGUGGGCGUCCAUGACGGUCUCCGCCUCCGACCCGCGCUUCCACCUGCGCUGGCGCGCCAUCGCGCUGCUGGCGCUGCUGUCCCUCGCCCUCCUCGUCUACCUGCACCGGCCCCCCCACAGCGGGGACCACGGCGGCCGCGCCCACAGUUACCACGACAGCAAGCCGCACCGCCGCGAGGGGGAGGGGGUCGGCGACCGCCACGCCCCCGGCGCCGCGGCGCCGUACAACGCCACGUACCCGCUGAGCCCGCCGCAGAGGACGGGGGCGGGCGUGCGGUACCGCAUUGCCGUGAUCGCGGACCUGGACACGGCCUCGCGCAGCACCAAAGAGCAGACCUGGUUCAGCUACAUGAGGAGGGGCCACCUCACGGUGGGGGGGGGCGGGGAGCGGCUGGAGGUGGAGUGGGACGAGGAGCAGGUGACGCUGGAGAGCCACCUGGCGGAGAAGGGCCGAGGCAUGGAGCUGUCGGAGCUGGUGGUGUUCAACGGCCACCUGUACACCGUGGACGACCGCACCGGGGUGGUGUACCGCAUCGAGGGCAACCGGGCCGUCCCCUGGGUCAUCCUCCCGGACGGGGACGGACUUGUGUCCAAAGGGUUCAAGGCGGAGUGGCUGGCGGUGAAGGACCAGCGGCUGUACGUGGGCGGCCUGGGGAAGGAGUGGACCACCGCCGCGGGCGAGGUGCUGAACGACCACCCCGAGUGGGUGAAGGUGGUGGGCCACCAGGGGGACGUGCAGCACCAGAGCUGGGUGUCCCGCUACAACGCCCUGCGGACCGCCGCCGGGAUCCAGCCCCCAGGCUACCUGAUCCACGAGGCGGCGGUGUGGAGUGAGCGUCUGCGCCGCUGGUUCUUCCUCCCGCGGCGGGCGAGCCACGAGCGCUACGACGAGGCGGCGGACGAGCGCCGCGCCACCAACCUGCUGCUCUCCUGCGGCCCCGACUUCAGGGGCCCGGAGGCCCGGCGCGUGGGGCCCCUCAGCCUCACGCGCGGCUUCUCCUCCUUCCGGUUCGUCCCGGACACCCAGGACCGCGUGGUGGUGGCGCUGAAGUCGGAGGAGGUGGCCGGCGCCAUCGCCACCUACAUCACGGCCUUCACGCUGGACGGCCGCGUGCUGCUGGCCGAGACCAAGAUGGGCGACGUCAAGUACGAGGGCCUGGAGUUCAUCUAGGUGUGUGUGUGUGUGUGUGUGUGUGUGUGUGUGUGUGUGUGUGUGUGUGUGUGUGUGUGUGUGUGUGUGUGUGUGUGUGUGUGUGUGUGUGUGUGUGUGUGUGUGUGUGUGUGUGUGUGUGUGGAGGGAUAGGUGGUCCGAUAUUUCAAGAGACUGGUUAACGGGGGGAAUCGUUUCCAUGUAGCAAACUCCUGCCCAGCGACUCAGGUGACAGUAGGGGGACAGACAGGUGAGAGUAGGGGGACAGACAGGUGACAGUAGGGGGACAGACAGGUGACAGGACCGUGACUACAAGGCGUCACGGCCCUGUAUCUGAGGGGACUCAGUCGUCUCACAGUUCAUCAUCAUAGGGACCUCAUAGGGAAGUCUUUGGUGAGACUAACGGUGUAACCAUUUAUGUGACAGAAGUCAAACUGAGCAAUACGCUGCACAGCAAUACGUUCUCUCGGCUGAACUCGACGUUUAACCCUCGGCUGCGAAUCAAACCAAAUCGUCUUGCGAAAAUUAAAUAUUGUACUUGUUUUUCUACUCCCAAUUGUUGAUCUUCAAACCAAAAGGAGACUAGGUUUAUAUGGCGUUUUAAACACUGAUCUGUAAUGAAGGGUGAUCCACCAAUCCUGAUGCGCUCAGCCAAAAAUAUAACGUUGGAACUCAUGGCUAGAUAGGAAGAAGGUAGAAGGCUAGAUCAUCGUUUUAUUUAUUUGAAGGGCAUUGUUUUCUUCAUGAAGACAUUUUAGGGUUUGGAUUAUCUGAUACCGGCCUGGUUGAUUCAACAUAAGAACAGAACGACGGCGUCCUCUGUUUCAUAGUCCUGCUGGCAGCACUGCCCUCAGCCUAGCCAGCAUACUGCCACACGUCCAACAGAGGCUGACCUGGGUGGAAGUUACUGCAGGAAGACCUAACACAACCCUGGAGACGCUAAAGAGUCUCCCCCCCCUUGUCUGUUUUUUUUAUCCCUUAGGCGUUUCACCGACUUUAUAUAGAUGUAAAGACGUGGAUGUUGAUGCGUUUUUAAAUGGCUUCCUUGUGUGUUACUACUUGAAUUAUUUUAUAUAUAUAUAUAUGGAUAUAAUUUCCUCUAUCUAGGUGCCUGUUCAAUGUGACGCUAAUGCAAUGGUCUACUUAUCUCCAGACGUCAGCCUCUCUCCAUUCCUCUCAUGGUCUGUCCUCGUCUUAGGAACCUCCGAAUGUGGACCUCAGCUAAGUGACUUAAGACAAGUGACUUAAGCUAAGUGACUUAAGGUGCUCUGGGAGACUUAAUAGUAUUUUAACUAAAGGAUUGUUAUAUUUUAAAGCAGAAAGAGUUGAUUUAUUUAAAAAUAUCUUUAAUGUAUUACUUAUUUCUAUACAAUAAAUGGGAAUUUACGGAGUGGAUGAAA